AUGAUCUACAUCGAUGAUUCAAGAUAUAAAUUGAUUGGUGAAAAAGAUCCAAGUUCAGAAUGUAGAAUGAUCGAUAAUGGCAAAAGACUUGAAGAAGAAGAAAAAGAACCUAAAAAGUUACCAGAUCCUUUAUCCUUGCCGUGCCCUCCACCACCGGACUUUAAUAUUAAUGCUAGAUACUUUGUAAAGUAUUUUGAUAGUGAUGCAUUAAAAACAUUGAAAAAGAAAAUCACCAAUAAAAACAAGAAUAAAAUUAAACCGAAGCUACUAAACAGUCUUUUCAUUUAUCGUAAAGCUUGGAUUGUGCAAAUCAAAGUUAUCACCGGACGUGAUUAUAAAACAGCAGAAAUUUCGCAUUUUAUUCGAAGAAAAUGGCGUAAUGAAUCUGAAGAUCAUAAAGAAUUCUAUAGAAAAAUUGCCAAAGAAGUGAAGGUUUUGUAUUACAAGAGAUUCAAGAAAUCUGCUAAAAAACAAUUACCAAAAUCAACACGCUUCGAAUUAACCUCUGGUCCACCAACUCUGUUACAACUGCCAUAUCCAAUUGGAUCACCACAGAAUAAUAACAAUCAAAUGUCCUCACUACCUGCAAUUUCGACAAAUCAAGGUUUUUUAUCAGAUCCUCCAUUUACAUUUAUCAACAAUGGAACAAGUAACUUUAAUAGUCAUAAACAUAAAUCCAAAAAAGCAAAAGCACCGCAACUUUCCUCUGUUCAAGCUUCUGGUGCUGAUUUCUCUGUUACAAUCGGCAAAACACGGAUAAUUUACAUCCUGAAGCAAGCCAGAAUCUUAAGCAAUAAAUAUAUAAUUGUAAAUAAUAAUAAAACAAAAUAUUCCAUAACUAGUUUAACAGGUUCGGUUGUUCAACUCCUAACUAAAAACAGGUUAUGGAUGUUGGAUUGA